CCGUAGACAAAGGGCUAGUUGGGACCACUGGCAGUCUGGCUCUUCUUUUGUACUCGGUCUCUGCAACAUUCAAUCAUGUCAUCUCCUUCAUCCUUCUUUUCCGGGAAAAAUGCAAUGUCUUCCACCAUUACCAACCGCACCAAGAUGUUGCAUUGCUAAAAAUUAAAGAAGUACCCAGUUCUCUGAAGCAACAGUUUCUUGAUUUUUCCUCACUGGUUUUUCUACUUGCCGAGUCGCGAACAAACGCAUUAGUCCAAACUCCAAAGUGGUUGAAGGAGCAGAACUCCUCUGCAUUUAGAAUACUUAGAAGCGAAACCCAUCCAAAUAAAACAGAGAUUGCAAGUGUUGGUGGUCGUGAUGAUGUUGAAGAAACUAUGUUGCUACAUUUGGCUCAUUCUCUGUAACUUGCUGCUUGUCGUUAUGGUUUCCGCCAAAAGCCACGGAAACCCUGCAAAUGAGCUUGUUUCUAUUAUUAAUGAGAAUCGAACAGCCCAAAAGCUUCCAAGGCUAAAAGACAAUCCUGGUCUUGGGUGCAUGGCCUUGCAGUAUGCAGUGGACUGCAAAGGUAACUGUACUGCCAAUAACACCGUAAGCUGCCAACCUUCUGAAGAUGACUUCACUGAGAUCUUCGCACCCAACUGUGGUGUAGAACUGCCUACCUUUGACAACAUAUCUGGCCACAUAGUGGGGUGUCAGUUUAAGUAUCUGGAGCCAUCACAAGCAUUCUCAAACAUUCUUGUCCGAGACAAGAAGGCUCUAUCCCUAUUGAGAAGCAAAGAACACACUGAAGUGGGAGUAGGCUUGAUUGGGACUCACCGAGGUCCUUUCUUUUGGUGCAUUUUGUUUAGCAAUGGCCAAACGAAUUCAACAUUUGUUCUUGAAGGUGGUGGCAGAGGCAUCAAGCAGAAGAGAGGAUGCUUCAGUGGAACGAUCAUUCAGUGCAGUGGGGUUCACAAGAUUGAUUUUUUCUUAAACACCUUUCUGAUGAUCAUAUACAUUAUAUUUAUCUGUUACUCCAGUAAUAUCAUAGUUCUAUGAGAACCUUGAAAACA